AUGCCCCGCGUAGCAAAUGCUAAACAUCGCCGCUCGAAUGGCGCAUCCACUCCCCACAAGAACUCGCCCAUCAAAAUCCCCCUGAAUGAUGAUGAGGGGGAGAAGGCGGCCCGGAUGGAGGCCCGGCAAGCCCGCCAUGAUCGCCAGAUGAACCAGAUCAAGGCCGCCGUUAAGACGCCUAUGCCACCUCGAAGAUACACCUAUGACCGCGCAUCGAGUAUGAGUCCUGCGACACCGCGAGGCUCGGGACACCGUGGACGGGAAAGCGAUGCGGACGGACGACGAGCGGUCACCCCGAUGAAGCGGGUUCCCAUUCUGGCAAACUUCGAGGAGUGGAUGAAAAUGGCCACAGACAACAAGAUCAAUGCAAAUAAUUCUUGGAACUUCGCCCUGAUCGAUUACUUUCAUGAUAUGUCCUUGCUGAAGGAAGGUGACGGUGUCAAUUUCCAGAAAGCUAGUUGCACCCUCGAUGGAUGCGUGAAGAUCUACACCAGCAGAGUCGACAGCGUUGCGACAGAAACGGGUAAGCUACUCAGUGGCUUAGCGGACAGUCGCGAUAAGCGGGGUCGCGAUACCGGCGCAGAUGGAGAAGGUGCCGAUGAUGACGAGGACGAAGAAGGGGAAGACGGGACCACAAGAAAAUCGCGAAGAAAGAGAACGCAUGAAGCCACACUGGCACCUUCCUUCGCUGCGCUCCAGCUGAAGAAAUUUGAGCUGGAGUUCUCAGUCGAUCCCUUAUUCAAAAAGGCUUCUGCGGACUUUGACGAAGGAGGCGCCAAAGGUCUGCUUUUGAACCACUUGUCAAUUGAUGGACAAGGGCGCAUCGUUUUUGACAGUAGUGACGAUGCUACGGAGGAAAGCUUGAAAGACGCAGAGAAUGCUCGACAAGGAUCAGAGGAACCUGAGCAUGCGGAGUCUUCCCAGCCAGAGAAACAAACUUCUGAUGAUGUUUUUGAAACCGAUGUCGAAAUAGACAUAGCGCCAUUGGCUAGCCAAUUUUUCCCAGAUCUGGAGCGCCUCGAAGAGCAAGAUGUUUGCCCGUCCCUGAAGAACUUUGACCUCGGCGAUCCCAGCGGGUCGCUUGAUAUCCCAUUCCUGAAGGUACCAGAGGAAUGGCGGAAUGACAAAGGCAAUGAGGAAGGACGAAGUAUCAAUGAUGCUUCUGGGAUCAUGCUCGAUGAUGACAACGCUGUCGGUUUCGACGAUGACGAUGCCACUUUAGCUGGCUUCGAUCUCAGUGGAGACGCUGGAUUUGGCGAUGGUGGCGAGGCCUGGGCUCGUGAGGCUGCCCUGGAGCCAAUGCUCAAGGUUCACAGGAUAGAUCGCGACGGCGAUGGGAAUCAGGAUGGCGACGAGGCCGCAGACGAUGAGGAUGCGUAUGCCAUAUCGCUGAGUCACCAGCCUGAUAAGAGUGAUCAUGAGAAUAUUCUCAGUUAUUUCGACAAUGCCCUCCAGAAGAAUUGGGCGGGCCCUGAACACUGGAAGAUUCGACGGAUUAAAGAGCACGCGGCUGCUACCACUACAAGCACGGCACCCAAGCAACGAAAGGAAAAGGAGCCGUUUGAGAUCGAUUUCGCGGCGCCACUCGAUCCUACGGUCGCUGAACUGAUUUACACACCGGCUAGCUCCAACUCAACCAUCUCCCUGCCCAAGACGCAAUGGAGAACCAAGGGUCGGAACUUACUUCCAGAUGAUAAGCACUUCAAAUCUCGACAAUUACUUCGUCUCUUCCUCAAGCCAAAGGCUCGCAUGGGCUCAAAGAAGCUGAUGGGCCCUCGCCAGUUCAACAACCGUCGCCAGGACCGGCCAGCGGGUAAUGGCGAAAUGGAUGAAGCUUUCUGGGCUAAACACAAACAAGAAGAAGAUGCGGCUGCCAAUGAAGAGGCUGCUCCUGGCGCUUAUGAUGCUGAUUUCUUCGCAGACGAUGAUGGGCUCGCAUUCCCUAACGGGCUUGGUAUCGCUGAUGAGGACGACGACAAUCUACCAUUCGCAGACGCUAGAGAAAUGCUGUCUCCACCAGGAGAUGGUGCACCUCGCGCAUCAGCAGGGGAGGCGGGCGGAGCCACCGGAAUUGCUGCUCUUCUAAAUAUGGUAGGAGCAACACCUGGCUCAGCACUGAAACUGGGUGCUGGGGGUUUCGGUUCUCAGUUAGUGACCCAAGGUGGACGACGAGCACGUCCGGACUACGUCGCUUAUGCACGAGUCGCUAAAAAGGUCGACGUUCGAAGACUCAAGCAGGAGAUGUGGAAGGGUAUGGGCCAACGGUUGAUUGCAUCGACAGACUUCAGCUCCACUCAAGAAACUGAGCCUCAGGCACAACCUGAGGACGCCGAGACUGAUGUUCCCCCAACGCCUACACCCCAGAGAUCACAGCUGGUGGAGGACGGAUUAGAGGCACAGAAGGAUGAUAAACGUCUGCGGUUCACGCAGAUCAUGAACUCUCUCAAAACAGUCUACCCACCAGAGAAGCUGCGCGACAUCAGUACUUCUUUCGGUUUUAUCUGUCUUCUUCACUUGGCCAACGAGCAGGGCCUGGUCCUGGAGAGCAACGGCCUCGUGCAAGGGGCAGGCACCGGUGCGGGCUUACUAGAGGAGAUCUACGUGGUGAAAGAUGUCAACGCUGUUCUGGAGGAAGGAGUUGCUUGA